GAUCCAAUCUUGUACAGUGCUGCGAUGAGAGGCAAUAUCGGAGAUGUCUAUUAUAAUUUGAUAAGGGAUGAAGAAUAUGGAUACCAAGUAACUCCAAAGGGUAACACUGUCCUUCAUGUCGCAGCCCUCUAUGACCACUCCCAUUUCGCGGCAAAAGUCCUUAAGAUUUCUCCGGCAAUGUUAUGCUGUCAAAACAAGAAAAUGAAACCGCACUUCACAUAGCAGCUAACGAAGGGCAUACUGAAGUUGUCCGUGUGCUACUUGCAUUGGUCGAAGAUCAUAACACUAAUGAUAAAUUCACGAGGAUGACAGAUGCUAGUGGAGAUACUGCCCUGCACAAGGCCGUGCGGAGCCAACAUCUAGAUGUGGUUAAGCUCUUAGUGAAAGAAGAUUCUGACUUCGAAUUUCCUCCUAACCAUGCACAAGAGACGCCACUGUAUCUGGCGGCUGAAUCUGGUUUUCAUGAUGCUUUGAUUAACAUCUUGGAAUCCUUCAAUAAUCCAAUAUAUGCUGCAGGUCCAUCUAAUAAAACGCCGCUGCAUGCAGCAGUAAUUCAGGAACAUAAAGGUACAAAAUUUUUGUUAUUUUCAGUAUCAAUAUCUAACCUCAGUUGGCUUUCCUAUGCAUUUAUCGUGUUGACACAUCCAGAUUGCAUUAGAUCACUAUGGCGAUGGAAUAAGCCUUUAUGCGAGGAACCUGACUUAUUGGGUUGGAAUUCACUACACUAUGCUGUCAAAUUAGGACUGAAAGACGUAGUUUCUAAUAUGCUGGGGUGGAAAAAAUCCUUAGUGUACCUUCCGGCAGGCAGUGAAAAUGACUUGACGACAGCAAUUCACAUUGCAGCCUGUAAAGGUGACGUAAACAUGAUAAAGAAGCUAUUAAAUCACUGCCCUGAUUGUUGCGAUACGCUUAACAGCAACAAUCAAAAUGCUCUUCAUGUUGCCGUAUUGAAAAAUCAAGACAAGGUAGUCCGCGUAUUAUUAGGCUAUGAUAAGUGCGACAGCCUUGUCGAUGAGCCAGAUAGUAGCGGCAACACUCCUCUCCAUUUGCUUGCUGCAUCUGGUAACCAUGUGCCUGAAUUAAUAAACCAUCCCAGAGCAAAGAAGAUGUCAUUUAGCAAACAAAACCAGACUCCACUUGAUAUUGUUAGCCCAUAUGUUAUUGGGCCUUUAGUUUAUGGACCUUUAGGUUAUUGGCUAUGUAUAUAUAUAGCCUACUUUUGCUUUAGUUUUUUUUAUGCUUUUCAG